UGAAGAUUGAACAUUCAGGUGAUAAUUUGACUUAUAACAUUACCAAGCAAUGUUUAGGAAUCAGUAUGACCAUGAUGUUUCUAUCUGGAGUCCACAAGGACGAAUUCAUCAGAUCGAAUAUGCUAUGGAAGCUGUAAAGCAAGGUUCAGCAGCAGUUGCUCUGAAGAAUUAUGACUACGCCAUAAUUGUUGCCCUAAAGAGAGCACCUUCCGAGCUCUCUUCCUACCAGGAAAAGAUCAUUCACAUAGAUGAUCAUGUAGGCGUAGCGAUUUCGGGUUUAACUGCUGAUGGUCGGCUUCUCAGUCGUUCAAUGCGUCGUGAGUGUGCGGACAGCAGAUGGGCCUUCGAUGAACCACUACCGAUUUCACGUCUUCUUUCUAAGAUAGCUCUUAAGAUGCAAGUACCUACUCAGAGAUACGGUCGACGACCUUUCGGAGUUGGUAUGCUAGUCACUGGUUUUGAUGCAUUGGGACCACAUGUUUACUACUUGUGUCCAUCUUCAAAUGCAUAUGAUUGUAAGUGCACAGCUAUUGGUUCUCGUUCUCAAUCAGCUCGUACUUACUUGGAACGUCAUUUAGAUAAAUUUAAAGGUUCAUCUUUGGACGAGUUAAUUUGUCAUGGAUUAAAAGCUCUAAACAGUACAUUACCAAAUGAAGUUAGUUUGAAUACAAAAAAUUGUUCACUUGCUAUAGUUGGAAAAGACAUGAAUUUCACUAUAUUUGAAGAUGAUAAUAUUGAACCGUACCUACAAUUAUUCGAAGCUACUCAAUCGUCUGAUGUACUACUACCACCAACUUCCGGCACUGUCCCCGACUCUGGCCCUGUGCCAAUGGAAGAGGAUCAGUCUACACUGUAAUCGAUGAUAACAUAUACAUGUACAUGUGUGUGUAUGUGUAUGUUCAUUGUCUGUGUGUGUGUGUGUGCACCGAUAGAUAAUCCGUACAGUUUCAUACUGAUGCGUAACUUGUUUUAUUUUGUAUUUUGUAUUUGUAAAGGAAAAAAAAUAACACACUACAAGGAGUGUUGAAAUAAAGUUGAACUAUGAAAUGCA